CCUUUCUCUCACGGACACACAGACACUUGAAUCCUGAGCCUUUUGUACCAGAGAAGCAUGGAUUUCAUGGAACUCUUUUUCAUUUCUCUUGGUACUGGAGUUGUGGUGUACUAUGGAGUGAGGCUACUGCUUUUCAGUAGGAUGCUUUUUCCAAAACUGUGGUUUCCACUGCCAAAAACUUUCUUCACCUCAAUGGGAGAGUGGGCAGUGGUGACCGGUUCUUCAGAAGGAAUAGGAAGAGCAUAUGCAUUUGCACUAGCUCAGCGGGGAAUGAACAUUGUAGUCAUGAGCAGAACCAAAGCAAAACUGGAUCAAGUGGCUAAAGAGAUAGGAGAAGCCACGGGGCAGAGGGUGAAAGUGAUAACAACAGAUUUCACCAAAGAAAAUAUCUUCAGUGAAAUUGAAGAGCAACUGAAGGACCUCAACAUAGGAGUUUUAGUCAACAAUGUAGGAACACUGCCUUGCUUCAUUCCCUCCAGAUUCCUUGAGUAUGAUGAGCUGGACAAGACAAUUACCAAAGUGAUAAACUGCAAUAUGAAGACGAUGGCCAAGAUGUGCAAAAUUAUUCUCCCAGGCAUGGCGAACAGAGGGAAAGGGAUGAUAUUGAAUGUUUCUUCUGGAAUUGCUUCUAUCCCAUUUCCCCUGUACGCCCUGUACACUGCAUCAAAGGUGUUUGUGGAAAGAUUUUCUCAAGGUCUACAAGCUGAAUACAAAAAUAAGGGGAUUAUUAUCCAGUCAGUGGCUCCAUUUGGGAUAUCCACUCGAAUGGCUGGGUUCCAAAAAACUAACAUGGUGACUUUUUCACCAGAAGACUUUGUAAAAUAUUCGCUGCAGUACGUCAGCGCUGGAGACAAAACAAAUGGAAGCGUCUGUCAUACAGUUCUGAGCUGGUUGCUGCAGACUAUUCCACUUAAGAUUCUCUAUGCAGAACCUAUGUUGCAAGGCUUACAAGACUACGUCAAGCAAAAACUAAUGCAGGCUGGAUUGGUCUAAAUCAAAUCAAAUCAGAAAUAAACAUGAAGAAGUUUGUAUGAAAUAUUUCUAGCCAUAAAGAAAUGUAUUAUGUAUUUUUAUGCAGCAUUAUCAUGUAACUAAUGGAUGUAAUUUGUGAAAGUAUCAUUAUUUACUGUGUUCAUUGUGUGCAAAUUGUGUUUAUUGUAUGCGGUGACAGCGUUUUAGUAAUUUUGCCUCUGUACACCACCACAGUGGGUUUUAAAUCAGUGAAUGAAGAUGUGAUUGAAGCGUAAACUUUUGGCUUUAAUUCAAGGGGUUUAACAAACUGUUUAGGAAUUUAAAAGCAAUUUAAAAGCAUGCUCUGUUGGCUUAAGAUCAGGUAACUGAUUUGUUUAUUUAAGAAUAUCCCAUUUCUCUGGCUUAAGAAACUCUGCUUUAGCAGUAUGCUUUGGGUCCAUUUACACCGUGAAGCGCUGUGCAGUCUGUUUUCUGCAGCACGUGGUCGAAUCUGAGAACUGUAUACUUCAGAAUUCAUCCUGCUACUUCUAUCAGCGGUUACAUCAUCAAUACACAGUUGUAACUCAGUUCAAAAGACAGUCCAACAUGCCCAGGCUGUAACAUUGCCUUCAUGUGUGACAGGCAUGCUGGUGUGCUUCAGAUCAUAAGUUCUUCUCUCCAUGCUUUUCUUUUUCCAUCAACAGGUUAAUCUUGGUUUCAUCUGUCCGAAGACUGAUUUAUUCUUUUUCUGUGGAGCUAUGCAGGUUCGUUUAGAUGUUUUCUGGGAAAGUCUAAUCAGGCUUUCUUGUUCUUGACUGUAAACGGCGAUUUGCAUCUUGCUAUAAACCCUGUAUUUAUGUUCAUGAAGGCUUCGCUUGAUUGUAGACGUAGACACGCCUACCACCUCGAGAGUGUUCUCGACCUGGGUUGAUGUUGAAAAGGUUUCUUUCUUUCUUUAAUUUGGUUUAACCAUCAAAAUAAUUCUGCCAUCGCCUACUUUUGUAAUCUUUGUGUGGUCUUUCAGGCAUUUUGGUGUUCCUGAGCUGGUCAGUGUUUGGUCACUCCUAAAGUUUUUGCUAUCUCUCAGAUGAUUUUGUUUGUUUUUUUCAGUCUAUGGCCUCCCUUACUUGUACUGACAUCUUUGAAAUUCCAGUGAACAGUUACUAAAUCCACAUUCAACACUCAGAAUCAGCUUCAGAAUAACAGGGGAACAGGCCUCGCCCGGCCAUGAUGUUACUUGUCAGUCAACUGCCCAAUUAAUUUUUACAGUUGACUGACAAAACUGGUUUAGGCAAAAUUGUCUCACAGUCCAAAUACUUAUGGAACUAACUGUAUUAAUAUGUAUGCAGUAGUACUGUCUGAACUGUUUUCCUGUAAAACACACGUCUAUAAAUUACAUUUGUAAUUUAAUCUCCAAGUCUUCAUCUUAUAGUGUUUGUUCACUCAAAUAAAUGAAAUAUCACCAUUGUUGGUUUUAAACAA